GUAAGACGACAGCCAGGUACUUUAUAAGCAUCCAAGUUCGGUACUCGCUGCUACGACAUAAAUGCAAGAAUUAAUCUUCGUCGAUAUGCAGAAGCUAUGAACAAACAAGAGUUAAUAUUCACCGAUCUACAGCAGCUAUAAACAGACAAUAUUCGGAACUGAGUCCUCCAGCACUGACGUAGGCGGAUAUGGCGGAUGUUAAUGAAAACGGUACCUCUGCGGGCGACCAUGACGACUCUGAGUAUGAACCAACAACAGACGAGGAAACUGAUGAGAGGUUGCAUGACUUUUUUGAACAGCUAAUGGAUGAAGAUGAAGAUGAGGAUGAGGACGAAGACGAGGGGUCGGGCUCGGAAGUUUACUAUGACGCCGAAGGCGGUGCCACGAUUGAAGUAUUGCCUGACAAUGAGGGAGAGGGCGAGGAGGCACAAGAAUAUGAUCUUGGAGAUCUACAAGGAGCAUCUCCGGCUCAGAUAUUCUAUCUUUGGGCUAGACAACAACUUCUUUUACGCAGCACCCAUGACGUUGAUGAUGGACAAGGAGCAACCUUUCCACUUCGCCGGCGCCGUCGAAGAGAGAAGCCCGACCCAAACAGGUUCCCUAAAGUUCCCAGUGAGAAGGGGACUGAGCUCAUGAGCUCUGGCGACUUCGGCACGAAUGAAAUCCAGGCCGCGAGGACAACAGGACAAAGGAAGAAGCUCGCAAGUAGGAUACUGAAUAGAGAGCUGGGGAUAUGCGGCGGGGCUAGGCAUAAAGCAAAUCAGAACUUGAUGGCUCAAGGCAUGAUUCCUUCCUCAAAAGUCGACACUAUUAUCAACUACGACGCGCCAGUUUAUUCGGGUCAGUUCUCAGAUGAUGGCAAUUUUUUCUUUGCGUGUGUGAAGGAUUUUAAAGUGAGAAUGUACGAUACGUCGAAUCCGUACCAAUGGAGAUACUAUAAGACUGUCAAUUAUCCAUUCGGCAGAUGGACGCUGACGGAUGCAUCUUUGAGUCCGGACAAUAGAUAUCUAGCUUAUACCUCUGUGUCCCCCAGAGUUUGCUUGGCGCCAACAGAUCCCAAUGACCUCGGCGACCCCUACGACCUAGAUCUGUCUAACAAUGGCACACGUGGGAUAGGAUCCAAUGGCUUCAGGCAACGGCACGACGGAUUUGGUAUUUUUAGCAUACGCUUCUCCGGCGAUGGUAGAGAGUUGGUGGCUGGCACAUCUUCCGAAUCCAUUUUAGUUCAUGAUAUCGAGUCCCGGCAGACCAUCCUGGAGAUCAACGGCCAUGAAGACGAAGUCAACGCGGUAUGCUUUGCCGAUAAAAGCUCAUCAAAUAUAAUAUUUUCAGGUAGCGAUGACAAUCUAGUCAAGAUUUGGGACCGCCGAAGUAUGGGUGAUAGCCGCGAAGCUGGCGCCUUUGUAGGCCAUACUGAAGGUGUCACAUAUAUCGACUCCAACGGCGAUGGGCGCUAUUGCUUGUCAAACGGCAAAGAUCAGACCAUGAAACUUUGGGAUCUAAGGCAAAUGACAGCCAGCAGCCAGCUUUCGCAGGCCAGCAUUCCACGUGGACACUUUGAUUAUAGAUGGGGGAGCUACGACUUAGAUGACUGGCGUCCACAUCCGAAUGACAAUUCGGUGGUGACUUUCCGCGGCCACGACGUGCUCUCUACCUUAAUCAGGUGUCAUUUCAGCCCUCCUAACUCGUCAAACCGUCGAUAUGUCUACUCCGGCUCUUCUACCGGGAAGGUCUUCAUUUGGAACAUGGACGCAACGAUAGCAGGUGAAAUCGACGUGCAGAAAGCUACACAGGAUACGAGGCCGUUCUCCCCGGAGACGGCAAACAAUAUGUAUUAUGAUGAUGAUGAUGGGGAGUCGGCACCACAAUGGAGGACAUGUGUGAGAGAUGCAAGCUGGAGCCCCAACGCACCAGUAAUAGCAGCUUCCGCAUGGAAUGGCCAUGGCAUGUGGGCAGGUACCGUCACUACCCAUUCAUGGAACGACGAGGCAGAAGACGACGAGGCGGAACCUGGAGGAGAAAGGGUAAAUGAGAAAUUGGAAGUCGAUCCGUCAUAUUACAGCUCUAACAGUCGUACUCCACGUCGGCGCAGAGGGAGGAUGGGUUGGUAAAUAGUAAUUGAAAUGACUUAGUCUGCGGGACUCUACACCAUGAAAUAUCCAGGCAUGACCAUUUCCAAUGGCCUAUGCGCAUCUGCUUGGAGCGGUGUAUUGGCAUUGGUAUUAUCUCGGUGUUGUUGGACGGUUUGGGCGCAUAUGGAUAUUCAAGACUCGAAUCAUAAAAGCAAGAUUGGUAG